UCUGUCAAAAAAUUGUCACCGCGCAGCGAAGUCACCACGCGACGGACGCGUCGAACUCUAACCCGACGGAUAAGGUCGUGGAGAUUAUAUAAAAAAAUCGCGAUCACGCGCGCGUUUCGAUUGCCAAGUUUAAGGGAAAUCGGUGAACCGCGGUAUUGGGAAGUCAAUUGAAAGUUCAAAAUAAAAUAACAAAAAUUUACCAAGUUCAAGUUAUCGACCAUUGCACCACGUGCGACGAUCCCGACGUAUUACACUAAAUCGGUUUAUUCAAAGUUGAAAAUCAACUGAAGGAGUGAACUACACUUACAGAGGAUGAUUACUAUACGUAUUACGAUGUGCAUUUUCUACUGGUUUCAUCAAAGUGAUGUAUGAUAAGAAAAAGGAACCGAAUUGAAGUAAUCGGUUACUUGAAUCGAAACUCAUUUAAUACUCGUAACUGUUUGUUACAUUCAAUGUGCGAAAUAUAGUCGACAAUUUUUUUUUUACGAAGAUCCUGUUAAGAUAGUGUCGAAGUCAGUACCUGGUCGAUUUAAGAAUAAGGACACAGAGGAUAUCCAUCGAUUGAUUGACGCAAUUUGAUCCGAGAGAUAUCACGCCUUAUAAUAGCUGUUGUCAUAAGACCCGUUCAAAUAAUAAACUCUAUCGUUUAACAAGUGGAUUUGAAGAGACAUAAAAGAGUGACUUUCCCAAAUUACGAAAUCUCGCCAAAUUUCGAAGAUGUUGGAAUUUUAUCCGUCGGCACCUGGUCCCAAUAAUCAUCCAGGGGAACCGGGGCAACCUUUACUACAGACUCCACCGAUGCCUUUUCCUCAACAAAUGAACAACAACAAUUCAGAGCCUCCAGUGUCUGUGAAAACGGAAGCUGGUCUUCUGGAGGCGAUUUGCGCGGCCUGCGGUCGAGGAAUCGCUGACCGAUACGUUAUGCGGGUUGGCGAGAAGAGCUACCACGAAGAUUGUCUUUCGUGCGCGGUAUGCGCCUCCCCGUUAGUCCACACCUGUUUCACUCGUGAUCACAAGCUUUACUGCAGAGUCGACUACGAGAGGAUAUUUGCAGUGAAAUGCGGUAGAUGCAUGGAAAAAAUUCGGUGCUCGGAUCUCGUAAUGAGAGUUCCUGGAUUCUUUUUUCACGUUGAAUGCUUCGCUUGCUGUAUGUGCGGACAAAAUUUACCUCGAGGAGCACAAUUUAUUUUAAGACAGGGACAGCCCAUCUGCAAGAGGGAUUUCGACCAUGAACAUUACCUCAACAGUCCUCACGAUGACGACCUCUUGGAUGAAAAUCGUCCCAGAGACGGUCGUCGAGGUCCCAAGAGACCGAGGACUAUCCUGACGUCGGCACAGAGACGACAGUUCAAAGCUUCUUUUGAAGUUUCACCAAAACCUUGUCGAAAAGUACGCGAAGCUCUCGCAAAAGACACCGGACUCAGCGUACGGGUGGUGCAAGUAUGGUUCCAAAAUCAGAGAGCGAAAAUGAAGAAACUUCAGAGGAAGGCAAAAACAGAACCAGGCGCAGAAAAAGAAUCGAAAGAGGAAAGAACCGGAGAAAGCCCUCACAGUGAUCACAGUCAUUACUUGAACGCGCUGAGCAUGCGUGACGGGGAUUCCUCUAGCUUCCCUUCAGCCACGCAGCCGCUCAACCCCAACAACCCUUACUCACCCGACGACGCUUACCCGGGACAUUCUGGGGAGAGUUUCUGCAGCAGUGAUCUUUCCCUGGACGGUACCGAGGCCGGUUUCGAUAUCGGCGAUGGAGAUAAUGGAGGCCCGGAUGGAAGUCACCCCGGUGGGCCGCACCCCCAUCAUGGGCCACCACCCCACGAGGCACCAACACUUUCGCAAAGCUUACAUGCCGCAAUGCACAACCCAAUUGACAAACUUUUUAUGAUGCAGACAAAUUAUUUCAGUGGUGAACAUGCGUAAAGAGUCGAGCCUCAAAGAGAAUAACGAAAUGAAGUUGUAAGACUCUUUCGAGUUUUUAGAACUCCGUUUGCAUGAGUACACUGAUAAAUAUACCAAUCAAUAACGUGCGUACAGAAUAGAAUGCGGAGUCUCGUUUCGCGAUCAUUCAAGUUCUAUUUUGAUUUGAUUCGUAAAUGUUAUGGAAGGUCAUGUGUACUGAACUUCACACUGUUACAAAAACCCAAAUAAACAUAAGCCUUACGUCGCGACCUUUUUUUCAGCCACUGAAAAUAGAUCAUUGUAACGCGAGUCGCCUGAAUUGGUUGUCCUAAGAGCGCUACCAAAGAGAAAUAUAGGGAUAUUUAGAAUUAAGUGUAAAAAUAUGAGUGUCCUUCAAUAUAUUAUAAUAAUAAAACGUUAUCA